AUGCCUGAUUUCUUUGUCCUAGCCCGUGUCGUCGGGUCAGACGGUGCAUUUCCAAAGUGGAAAGAGAGACUGGUGCCGCUUUGCGAGGUUUCUGCCACGGAGCCAUACUCAACAUCCUACUACUGGGGUCAGGAUGUCGACGGAGAACCAGAUACUCUAUGGGGUCUGGAAGGGUAUGCUCACCCCAUCGGGUUCUUCAUCCGUCACCCAGCGUCUGAAGUUUUCAAGCGAGAGAUGAAGAAGGUGGACGAAGACAAACUUCUUCGACAUGUUCAGGGGCUAGGGAGCCCGGAUUACGACUUACAUUACUACGACAUGUAUUAUGGGUUCUUGAGUCGCCCAGAUGACAAGGACAAGGAUGCCAAAGACAGUUUUGUUGUGGUUAUACACUUUUGGUCGCCGGCAGGCCGUCGCAAGCAGCUUCUGGGCGCCUUGUCCGGGGGAGCCGACCGAGUUCGUGCCUCAGAGAACAGUCCCAAUAUCACCAUCCAAAGUUUUGCGGUCUUGAAGGAAUGUCUCGACGUGAACAUGGCGAGCCUCUAUAUCAGAUCGAGAAGCAAGCAAGAUUGGGAAACGUUCCAAUCUUCUGACUUGUUCAAACAAAUCUUGGACGAUGCGGCCCCUACAAACGAGAAGUCAAAGAUUCAUCGAUCGCAAGCAUUCAACGGCCAUAUUGACCAGCAGCCACCAAUUGGACCAGUCUAG